GUUUAAACCGGUUCGGUUUGAGUAUUUCCCCAAUCCACCUAUAACUUGAUUGCUCUAUAAAAGAUUCUUCAGGAGUCGAAUUGAUAGAUCUGAUCCGAUCAAAAGAUGGCGAGAUUCUCAGUUUCUGGAGGCGACGACGGAGAAGGAUCUAGCAACCAUCAAUCCCGCAAACGACAGCGCCUUCCUUCCAUCGACGAAGAUGAAGAAACAGCCGGAAGUUCCGGUGAAGAGGACGAAGAAGACGACCGCCAAAUUGAAUCCAUGAGCGAUGACAGCGAACGUGAAGUGUCGAUAGAAGAGGCAAGAAGAAUUGCUGCAGAUCCCGUAACAAGCAAAGAAUCUUCUCUUUCCGUAACGCUUUUGGAUCCAGAUGUUCUCGAUUGCCCUAUUUGCUGCGAGCCCCUCAAGGCUCCCAUCUUUCAGUGUGAUAAUGGUCAUCUAGCUUGUUCUGUUUGCUGCACCAAAGUCAGGAACAUAUGUCCCUCCUGCACGUUACCCGUCGGUUACAUUCGCUGCAGAGCCAUGGAGAAGGUCAUAGAAACGUCUAGAGUCUCAUGUACCAACGCCAAGUACGGGUGUAAGGAGAGAAUGUUAUACGUUAAUCGAUUUAGCCACGAGAAGCUUUGUGUUUUCGCCCCGUGCUCCUGCCCCGUGCUUGACUGCAACUACACUGGCUAUUACAAGGAUCUCAACAGCCACGUACGUGCUAAGCACAAAGACGAGGUGGUUCCUUUUGUGUGGGACGUUUCUGUGACCAUUAGAUUGGAUAAGACCACGAUCCUUCAGGAAGAAAAGGAUGGGGAAGUGAUGGUGGUUCAAGCUUUCAGGGGUUUGCACGUUGUGUAUGUCGUUGUGACCUGUAUUGCACCUUCGGCGCGGGAAGUGGGAUGCUUCUCGUACUAUCUGGUGACUGUGCCUUUAGCCGUCGAUGGCUCACUAGUGCAGCGAUCCAUGAUGAAGAACGUUCAGAAAUUGAGUAAUGAACAGCCAGAAGAUGGUUUCAUGGUGAUUCCUUCCUAUAUGUUGUCUGGUAGUUCGCGGAUUUUACUUGGCCGUGGCCGGGCUUAUGGUCAUGCCUGAGUUGCCGAAAUAAUUGAAUUUGUUAUUUCCUUCCUUCUCUCACAUUUUUAAGGUGUAUAUAUGAUUUUAGUUUGUGAACCUAAACUUUGAGGCUUUGAGCAUAAAGGUUUUCUGUGAUUUGAGAA